AUGUCGCUGGCGUUAGAAGAGAUCCAUCAUCACUCAGCCAAUAAGAAUAAAAACGACGACGCCUAUCAGUCAAUAAUGGUUAAUGACAUGUGUUCACUGGUGAUCAUUGAGAUGCGACGUGGCUUUGAAGCCUCUGAGGCCGAAUGCACAUAUCUUUUCUCCAUCACCUCCACCGGAAGUACCGGAAUAUCUGUGGCCAAGACGACAGUGGACAAAUUGCUGAAGGGGUAUGACAUCCGCCUUCGGCCAGACUUCGGAGGUCCUCCAGUCAUUGUGGGAAUGAGUAUAAAUAUUGCCAGUAUUGACUCCAUCUCAGAAGUCAACAUGGACUACACCAUCACCAUGUAUUUCCAACAGAGCUGGAGGGACAAACGGUUGGCCUAUGCUGAGAUGGCUUUGAACCUCACUUUGGACAACCGGGUGGCUGAUCAGUUAUGGCUCCCAGAUACCUACUUCCUGAAUGACAAGAAGUCUUUCCUGCACGGUGUGACGGUGAAGAACCGAAUGAUUCGGCUCCACCCAGACGGCACUGUUCUUUACGGACUGAGAAUAACCACUACAGCAGCCUGCAUGAUGGACCUGAGACGGUACCCCCUCGAUGAACAGAACUGCACCCUAGAGAUUGAGAGUUAUGGGUACACCACAGAUGAUAUCGUGUUCUUCUGGCAAGGAGGGGACAAUGCUGUGACAGGUGUGGACAAACUGGAAUUGCCUCAGUUCUCCAUUGUGGAGCUACGUCUUGUGUCCAGAGAAGUGAGGUUUACUACAGGUUCAUACCCUCGGCUGUCGUUGAGUUUCCGCAUCAAGAGAAACAUCGGCUACUUUAUCCUGCAGACUUACAUGCCCUCCAUUCUGAUCACAAUCUUGUCCUGGGUCUCCUUCUGGAUUAACUAUGAUGCCUCUGCAGCUCGUGUGGCCCUGGGUGUAACCACGGUGCUCACUAUGACAACCAUCAACACCCACCUGAGGGAGACCCUCCCAAAGAUCCCCUAUGUGAAAGCCAUCGAUGUCUACCUCAUGGGCUGCUUUGUCUUUGUUUUCCUGGCCCUGCUCGAAUAUGCCUUCGUAAACUACGUGUUCUUUGGAAGGGGACCCCAGCAGCAGAAAAAGAUCAACGAAAGGCUGAAUAAAGCCAACAACGAGCGUCCCCGCUAUGAGGAGAAGCGUCUAAGGGAACAGGACUCCAUUUCAGCGCCGUUUCAAAGCAACACCCUCAGGUCAUAUACACAGAGAAGAAAUCUGUAUCUCGAGGAACAAAGAAAAGUUGGGGUGGAUGCUUACGGAAACAUUCUUCUCACCACUUUGGAGAUGAACAAUGAGGUGAUGCCAUCCGACGUUGGCAGCAGCGUCAGUGACUCACGGAACUCCGUCAUGUCCUUUGACAGCUCCGGAGUGCAGUUCCGCAAGCCCAUGGCUUCACGGGAUGGGUUCAGCCACCACUCGUUGGACCGCAGCGCCAUGCGCAGUCGUGCCAAUUGCCGGCUAAGAAGGCGCUCGUCCAAGCUGAAGCUCAAAAUCCCCAACUUGGCGGAUGUUAGCACCAUUGACAAGUGGUCCCGGGUCAUUUUUCCUAUCACUUUUGGAUUCUUCAACCUUAUCUAUUGGUUGUAUUACGUGAAUUGAUAUGCGUUCCCCAAGGAAACAUGGGCCAUAUUUUGAGAGCACAUUGAAUUGGCUUUGAUACAAUUGGAAAAUAUGUGUACACAUAUAUGAAAAGUUGAUACAUAUGUAUAUGCAUAUUUCUAUAUAUUAUAUUUCUAUAUACACAUGCGUGUGUAAAAUCUAAAGGACUUUUCUGGUGUAAAAAAGAAACGUGUUAUAUAGAAUGACUUGAAUGUUUAAGAAUAAUACAAAAGAAACAUUUCAAGUAUUUGAAUUCUUUUCCUUCUGAAACAAAUGACGAAUAACAUACAUUAGUCCCCUGUUCGAGGGCACGGAACUAAAGACUGCAUGAUAUUUUUGCUAAAAGAAAAGAUUGCAAGAGAAAAAGAACCUCUCAUCUGCUUUUUAUUGAUACUGUAAUCAACCUCUCCCAACCGCAGCUCAUGAAAUCAGAAGUGGCUUGUGCAUUUCGGGGCAUCGACCGAGCGGGCCCCCAGACCCGAUCCACUGCUUUCCCCAUGCCCAUGGAAGAGACUGACGGAAAUGUCCGUUUCUACACUGUACAGCGACCUCUUUUGGAAUUAUGUGUCAUUCCUUGAUUUUGCAAGUGACAAGCGUUCUCUUUAUCGAACCUCUCAGCUCUGGUCAAUGGUUUACACUGGACGGCCAUCUUGAGUUUUAACCAAUGCAUCCUGCCCAGAGUCAGUAUGGUUCAUUUUCUCUCUUCUCUUUUUUGCAGAUUCUCCUUCCUUUCAUUUUUGGGCUAAGGGUAUACUCUAUAUUUUUGAAGGUCAUCCCCUAAACAUGUUCUAGAGGUAGUUCAUUAAUAGAUAUUAAGCCACUGGUAUGCAUCAUUCAUUGGGAAUUUAAGAAAAUGAAGAGGGAAAAAAGAGUACAUUCAUUCAUUCCGUAGCCUUAUUGACAUUGUUGUUCUUUCUUUACUCUUGUUCCUAGUGCAUUUCAUAUGUUCUAUUGAUACAGUAUUCAUGAACAUCUUGUAGAGCUUUGUGUUGUUUGGAAUGGAGGGAAACCCUUAGUGAGAUGUAACGUUCCUUUAGAACUUGGAUUUGAAGUUAGUCCAACUAUGUGAAAAUGUACAAAAUAAGGAGAGAAAAGAUUAUUGUGUAUUCAACAGGGGAUGUGACCAUGUUUUUAUCCGUUUCAUGUUUAAGUCAACCACUCGAACCAUAGUGUGACCUGAUAUUGUAUAUAUUCAGUCAUUGUAGUGAUCCAUCCUGAGAAUGAUAUAUGCUGAUGUUUUUAGUUUCUCUAAAAUGUGCCUGUCUGAAACCUGAAGGAUGUGUCCUCAGUUCAUCAAUCAGUGAAAGAGGACCGAAUGACCCUUGAUAUUUGACCUUUCACUUUAAGCACUGCAGACCCACCCACAGCUCCGACGUUUUGCAUCUUGGGAUUGAAUCUCAAAGCAUAAUCAGGAAAAAAAAUAAUAAAAUAAAAGCUUCUGAGUCUUUUCGGGGCAAAAUGACAUGUACGAUAAAAGCCAUGAACUGACGUUGCAACCAAAAAGGCCUAUAAUCCAUUUCUCUUUUUACCAUUUACCUCUGAUUCACCCACCACCAUUUCUUUUGGGCUUCGCCUCAUUAUGAUUUACCUCAGCUUCAUUGACAUUGAGGUGGCCAGAUCUUUCUCUAUCUCCAGGUGACCACAAACUCCCACCUAAAUCCAUAUACCAAUUAAUAUACCAUCCAUAUUCGUUCAAAGCUCAUUUCUGGUAGUAUCUAGCUGUCUCAAUACUCAGAGUAGUUCGGUUGAAUAGAAGCAUCCCAACAAAUGCUUUUCACAGCAAUGUUGGAACAGUUCUUGAAGAUGUGGAUGAGAACUGAAUUUCUGAAUAACUGGGCAAGGUGACAUUUAAAAGCGAGGAGGGUUCCGGUGGUGGUUUGAGAACACGAGAGCCCAGGAUUUGCUUGAGUUCCCUGAGGAGGAUAUCCUGAGCAGGCCUCAGACCUCAGAGCUCAGCAGGGUCCCUUGGCUCUCGACCCCCACACCAGCCACCAAAUCACCAACAGAUCACUCAUUCCAUGAAGAAACAAAGGAGUCAGGGAAAUCUGAAAGUAUAGAAGGCUUGCACGGUCCUACGUUACUUGUCAGCAGAUGACCAUAGAAGCACGCUCGAAGGAUUUCCACUUAUUGUGUUAUUAUACUGUAUUUGUUAUUUGAGCACGACCAUAACACCUGUGCAAGGGAGCCAGUACUCUCAAGUGCAAAGCAAGACAUGCACGGUUGCAUGCACACUGUAGCAAUUAAGUUAAGCGCAAAUCUGCACUAAAAGAGGAUGGAGGUCAGAGUGCUUUUUAUGAAAAACCCUAGCUAUUAUGAGUGUUACGGGGGUGCCUUGGCCAGUUACAACUCCCAGUAGGCAUUCAAGAUGCUGCAAUGCUUUGCCAAUGAAGGUUCAAAGGCAGACUAGUUAGGUAUACACAUUUAAUCUAUAGUGUUUAGAUGUGAACUUACAAUGUAGAUCAGACCUUUUAAGCUACAAUAUCAAUCCACCUCUACUAGUGCAGUGUUGUAGACAAGUGUAGUGGUAAGUUGAAAAUGCUAACUGCACCAUUAGCCAAUUUUUCUCUUAAUGUAUUCAAGGGAACCGGACCAGUUAGAAGGAAGACAUGUAGAUUUUUUUUUUUGAGACUGGAAAAAUAGAGUUUGCUUUGCCUUUGUCAAGAAAAGCUGGGAAAGUAGCAUGACUUCUAGGUGGCAUAUACUUUUAAGUUUAUUAUCAUUUGCACGCCAGCCGCUAUUAACUGAUAAGACUGCACAAUUAAAAGGAUGUUGAUAUAUUUUUGUAUCAGAUAUUACUGCUCUAAUUUAUCAAUCAGUGUCCCAUAGGUGCUCUAAUUGUUUCCUUAGAGUAACUAAUAAUAGAGAGAGAGAAAAAAAAUGCAUACAGCAUCAUAACCUGUGGUUCGGUAUAUUAUCCAUGAGAAUAAUUAGAAAUUCUUAGUAGUAGUUUGUACAAGAGGUUUCGUAACUAUAUACAUAUAUAAGUUAGCACCCAUUUACUACAUAGCUUCAUUACCUUCUUGCUGGCACUAUGCAGUCUUUCUUGCUAAUGAUCAGUUUAACGUUCCACAGGGUAACCUGAAUCUUUAUUGGUCCAUGCGUCCUGACCAAUCACCAUAGGCAAGGGUUGGAAUUUUCGAUAGAGUAGGGAUUAGCGAAAUGCUAAUACAGCCAUACUGUGCCACUGAGACAUGUUGGAUGUUGAAUUUGUUCAAACUGAUAUUGUGUUCAACAUGUUCUUGUAGCACCAGCACUCUGUUUAUUCACAGUGAGCUUACACCUAGAACAGAUUUUUGGUAAGAUUCUGGUUUGUGGGCAUUCGUCCCUGCAAGAUUUGCCUUAAUGAGCUCACUAAGCAUUUUUUCAUUAAAUAUUUCUGAGCAAUACAAUGCAAAUACAACAAAGUUAAUGGGAAAGUGAUUCUCUUUCAACUCAAUUCAAGCCUUAAACAUGGUUAUAGAGCAUUAUAAUUUGAUCAUUGGACAUUUGGGGUACAAUUAAGUUAGCAGUUAUAGAACCUAGAAAAUACAGUGACAAAUUAGUUCCCUCAAAUGUCUCAUCCGGGUACUCUGGCUAUGUUUCCACUGCUUAACCUCAGAACCUCAAAAUGUAGAACUAAACAUGUACAGGUAUAGGAUUCUGAUAAUUAAUUAA